GGGGGGUGGGAAUGACUGCUUGAAGCUACCCUUCUGUCUCUUAUUCCUACUUCUUCAACCACUAUCAUUAGGAUGUACUGUGUUAUUUAUGAUAGACAUACUGUUUAGUUUUGACACCUGCUCUCUUCUCAUAAUUGAAAAGCAGGAUAUUUCAUAGAUCAGAUAGCCUCUACACACCCUACAAACUUGUUAGCUAAAGUUGGGGGUAGGAAGUGGAGAUGAGGACAGUAUUUGGGAUUUUAUGAUUCAUUGCUUGGCAGCCAUAUCUAAGACAGUCAAGUUUCUGCACUUUGUGAACUGUGGGAGUUAGAAAGUUGGGUGAGCCCAGUCAAUUGUUUCCUGACACUAGCAGGAAAUUGAUUCCACAUUAUGCAGAGGCCUUAAAAGUUGUCCAUUAGUGCAGGCUAUCCAUAGCCAUGUCACAUUUCUUCUACUUGACUCCACAAAUUCUCCUGCCUUUUAGCCCUCUUACUCCUCAGGAGUUUGACACGAUCCGACACAGGGCUGGAGCAUCUUGGCAGAACGAGACGCGAUGGUCAGAUGCCUCUGUGACAACAUACACAGGCAGUUACCGGGAGAAACAUCUGGAUAAGUCCACGAGCAGCCGAUUUUCUUUCAGAGUAUUGCAGAAUGGGCCUAAGUUCAAACACGUGUCAUCACCAAGCAGUUCGGCCAGCAGUUCUACACCCUGCCUCCCUGGAACCCAGGAAACUAUAGACGCUCAAGGACUGUUUCCUGAUAUAACCAGGCCCUUUAAAAAGUCACUUGACGUCAGGCAUGGAGUGGCACACCAAAUUUGGUGCUUCGAUGAUAUUUCUCCGGCACCUCAAGGUUACAGACAAAUCUAUAUGAGACAUACAAGGCCAGCACAUGUGAUCUUACUGAACUACAGGAGACAAGGUGAAGGCUUCCUGAAUCGUCUUCGUGAGCACUGGGAUUCUAGCAGCACCAGUACCAGCACCACUGGCCCCUCCGAAAGCUCCGAAGUCCAUCACUGCUCCAGCUUUGGUCGGACAAGGCGGGUCUUGCGUUUCAGCUGAGAUGGACCAUGAGGCCGCGAUGCUGGAGGCCCGGAGUUGGGAUGACAAGGGCCUUGCGGUAGGAACACAUCCGCCCCUCGCAGCGCACCUGUCCUGAACCCUAACAGGGAUCGGGAAGUCUUCACAGCCCAACACUCCCCACUUGGUCAGUGUGGAAGCAUGUACACAAUAUGCAUUAAACAUUACAAGU